AAAAGUUUCUGUAAGUCUCCUCUCAAAAGUCUUUUGGGAAGCACUGUAAAUAUCAAAACGUACAUAAUAUUAAAACAAACAAACAAACAACAACAACAACAAAAAAACAAUAGGCUAUUAAUGGUAAAUCAAAUUAAAUUAGCUGAUACUUCCUUCUUUAUACACCUGUACAACGUCACAUCCGUACGUAUGCGCAUGAGCAUCCGACCUCAUUCAUGCCAACGCCAUUUUGAUGAGCUAGAUCUUAGUUAGUUGGCAUAAAAAAUAGUUUUCAUUUUUGAAAUUGUUGAAGUGCCAUAAAUACCUUUGAGUGCUUCACCUAAAACAAAACAAAACAAAAAACCAAAUACCAUGGGACAAAGGUAAGUUUUGUGAAUUUUGACAAAACAAUUAGAUCGUCAACGCCAUGCGCUAUCGUUAGAGUAGCAUGGAAGCUAAGAGCUACAGUGUUUGUCAUAAUUUAUUGCCUGUUAGUUAGCAUGAAUUACAUAUACAUAUAUCAAUAUCCAUUGUCAUAAAUUGGUUCACUGGUUUUUAGAAAACUAACUGGUUAGCAGGCUUAAAUCUAGUUUGGUUGCUCCGUCGAGCUUCUCAGUAGCUGGUUAAGCAAGUCAAAGACGAACAGUGUAAGGUGUGUGGAUCAAAUUAAUUGUUACUUUUUGCUGGUUUUUCUAGUGUAUACUGUUAUUAAUGAUACUAAUUAAUCAAAUAAUAAUUCACUUUUGAUGAUUUCUAGACAUUUUAAGUAAAAAGCUCAUUUUGGGGGUCAUGUUGAUCCACUCAAACAUUGAUCUUCUUAAAUGACAUGCAGGAAGAACAUGAGUCAUAGUUUUGCGUAGGUGUGUUGGUAAGAUGGAGGCUAAAAGUAGGUUAGCAAACUGCUAUCUUAUUAUCUUCUCUUUCUACAGGUGUUAUGUCAUCUUAACUGUGCUUCUGCUGUAUAUCACAGGUUCUUUCUCUGCUCCUGUGGGGGUCACAGUUAGGGGUUUUGUUGGAGACCCGGCCAUCUUGUCCUGUUAUAUCCCUGAAAGUGAGAUUCGAGACAAACUAGAAGAAUUCAAAAUACACUGGAGAGACGAUAAAGGCAAGAAGGUGUGUGACUUCACUGGUGGAAACACAACAUGUCAAAAUCAAGAUCCAAAGUACAAGGACAGAGUCGAAACAUUACCAGAGGAGUCUAAGAAGGGCACCUUCUCCAUCAAACUCAACGGUCUUCAAAACUCUGAUGCAAAGAAAUACCACUGUUACACCACAGAGCCAAAUCAGUAUGAAACCAUCAUAGAACUUCAUGUCGAAAAAUCAAGAGCGAACCACGGAGAACCAUCGUGGAUAGUGUUGUUAAUCAGUUUGAUCACCAUUCUGCUGCUACAUCUGAACAAUAAGUAGUUUAGUACAGUUUAGGAAGUACAGUUUAGUAAGUGCUGUGGAGUAGAGCUCAGAUCAGAUCCAAGAUAUUCAUUUUUUUUUCAGUUGUAAAGAAAUUAUUU